AUGAGUCAGCAACCAGCUUUAGGAACCAUUCAUCAUUUUUAUAUUUCCGUUUCUGAUUAUGAAAAGAGUGUUGAGUUUUAUGAUUCUUUUCUUCCUAAACUCGGUUACAAGAUGCUUAGAAAUAACAGCUUGUGUACUUGUUGGGUGAACCAAUAUCUAAGUCAAUUCGGUAUUGUACGAGCAAAGGAAGAAUAUAAAGACAUUAAGCAUAUCAGAUAUGCGGUUGGAUAUCACCAUUUGGCUUGGAAUGCCUCUUCUAAAGAAGAUGUUGAUAAAUUCUAUGAAUUUUUGGUUGAUAAAAAUUACAAAAUUCUAGAUGCUCCAAAGGACUAUAAUUAUGCACCUGUCUAUUACGCUGUCUUUUGGGAAGAUCCGGAUGGUUUUAAACUUGAGCUCUGUUACGUUCCAUUUCCUUAUGAAAGUGAAAAUAAACAAGAAUAA